ACUUCGGUGCUCUUGGUGCUGGCCGGUCAAAUCUUUCAUUUCGUCACUGACUUCAGUAUCCUUUUAAACGUAGUCUGUUACAUUGAUUUUUAAAAGAUGAGAUUUCCCGUCGUCGUCGGUUUGUUGUCUACAUUAAUACUGUCUACGCACUCUCAAGAAUGCGAAAAUCCGGAAGGACUAAUUGGUACAUGUAUCAAUAUCAAAACAUGUCCGGUAUUGCUCAAUCUUCUCAAAUCAAAUGCUCAAGAUCCAUCGGUAAGAAAUUUUCUCCGUUCUUCUCUUUGCGGCUUCGAAGGUAAGGAUCCUAAGGUUUGCUGUCCAACUGGGAGGAAUGACGAAAAUAUAGAUAGCAAUACAGGAAAUAACAACGGCAAUGCGGAUGGCGAUCGAGAUCGCAAAGAAAUCACGAACACUCGGUACGGUCCUUUGUAUCCGCCUCAGUGCGGAUACAGCAAUGUAACGUUCCACAGAGUCGUCGGCGGCGAACCAGCUUCGUUAGGUUCUUGGCCUUGGAUCACCGCUCUCGGAUACACGAACUCAAGAAACCCAAAUGUUCCGAGAUGGCUUUGCGGCGGGGCUUUGAUUUCCAGUCGACAUGUGCUCACCGCCGGGCAUUGCGUACACGGGAGAAAUGAUUUGUACAAAGUGCGUAUUGGCGAUUUGGAUCUCAACGAUGAUUACGACGGCGCGACUCCGUUUGAGGACUUCAUUGAAAGGAAAAUAGUGCAUCCGGAUUACAAUCCCGCAACUUAUACAAAUGACGUGGCAAUCUUGAAAACGACCUAUGAAGUGCCUUUUACAUCAUUGCUUCAUCCUAUUUGUCUUCCCGUGGAGGAUUUCAUAAGAUAUACAAAUUUGAAAAAUAAACAUCCUUUCGUCAUUGGUUGGGGAUCUGUUUACUUUCAUGGACCCACAAGCAGUCGACUCUUGCAAACGCAACUUCCCGUGCGCGCAGAGGAAGAAUGCAAAACCGCUUUCCAAUCUUUCAAAACAACUGUGAUAGAUCAGCGUGUUUUGUGCGCCGGAUAUGCCGAUGGCGGAAAAGACGCUUGUCAAGGCGACAGUGGCGGGCCAUUGAUGUUACCCAAUCCUAAAGAUCAAAAUGUAUUUUAUAUUAUUGGAGUGGUAUCAUAUGGCUUUAGAUGCGCUGAACCAGGUUUUCCAGGCGUGUAUUCGAGAGUUACAGCCUUCCUCGAUUUUAUCACGCGUUACUUGAUAUAGAGAUAUCUAGUUCUGAGAGAAAUAAAUCUUUAAUACUGUUUUAUGUA